AUGCUCUCCGACACACGCCCACAGGACACUACAUCCGGCACACCUCCCCCGUGUUUGUCCGCCAAGAUAUGGUCCACAUCUUCAACGCGUAGGACUGGAAUGAACUCGAUAAUCCGCCCGCCAAAAUCAUAG